AUGGUGACAGCUGAGGUACUGAAUAUUGGUAAAAAACUCUAUGAGGAUAAAACAAAAGAAGUCUAUGAAUUGCCAGAUAGUCCAGGAAAAGUCCUCCUGCAGUCCAAGGACCAGAUAACAGCAGGAAAUGCAGCCAGAAAGAAUCACCAAGGAAAAGCUGCAAUCUCAAAUAAAACUACCAGUUGUAUUUUUCAGUUGUUAAAGGAAGCAGGUAUCAAAACUACUUUCACCAGAAAAUGUGGGGAGACAGCUUUCAUUGCACCUAAGUGUGAAAUGAUUCCAAUUGAAUGGGUUUGUAGAAGAAUAGCAAUUGGUUCUUUUCUCAAAAGGAAUCCUGGUGUCAAGGAGAGAUAUAAGUUUUACCCACCUAAAGUGGAGCUGUUUUUCAAGGACAAUGCCAAUAACGAUCCACAGUGGUCUGAGGAACAGCUAAUUGCUGCAAAAUUUUGCUUUGCUGGACUUGUUAUAGGCCAGACUGAAGUGGACAUCAUGAGUCAUGCUACACAGGCUAUUUCUGAAAUACUGGAGAAAUCCUGCUUGCCCCAGAACUGUAUACCAGUUGAUACAAAGAUUGAAUUUGGUGGUGAUGUAACCACCAAAGAAAUUGUUCUUGCUGAUGUUAUGGAUGAUGAUUCCUGGAGACUCUGGUCAUCAGGAUAUCGAAGCCAAGAGAAAGAUAAACAGUCCUAUCGUGACCUCAAGGAAGUAACUCCCGAAGGGCUCCAGAUGGUGAAGAAAAAUGUUGGGUGGGUUGCAGAAAGAGUGGAGCUCGAGUCAGGAUCUCAGUCUCAUUCCCUCCAAAACCAAAAUGGUCCUAGUACUGAUGCUAAACAAGUAUUCUGGUUUGCCACAGGUCCUAGUAAUGACUACUGCGUUCACGAGAUACGGAUGAGAUUAACUUUGCUGUAA